UCUGCUUUAGCUGGUUAUAAAAGAGAAAUCUUUCUUUAGUGCCAUAUACCCGAAUCUAUCACUAUUCACUAGAGUUGAAUUAGUACUUGUUAAAUAUCUAAUAAUGCAUUAAUAUUAAUUGUUUGCAAAAUAAUAUUUUAUUUCGGUGCUAAUUAAUGAUUAAAGCUACAUCAUUUAUCUGUUGAGUAUUAUUUGUGUGUUGUUACUCCAAUCAUAUAAAAUAAACCAGAAAAACUCUCAGCCCCUUCUAGAAACAAUAUGCUUCCACCCACCCCACUAUCCCUUCUUUGUGCUAUUCUUCUUUGCCUACCACUUGCCGUCAUCUUCACUUUCACCGCCCCUUCCACCACCACCUUAUCCAGCGGCGCCGCCACCACUUCCCCACUACUCCCCAUCACAGCCUCAUAUAUUAAUUAUACAACUGAAGAUAUAUACCCAGAGCCUAUAAUAUUACCGAAAGUAAAACCUCAUGAAGUAGUACUACUGAUCAAGAACCAAACCACCGCCAACUCAACAACUCAAGUAAUAUCUGAAGAUUACAUCGACGGUGAUGAUGAUCGGUCACUAUUUCAAGCUGCCUCCCGGGUCAACCUGAGUCCCAAGCCCGUUAAGAAACUCGCUUUCAUGUUCUUGACGACCACUUCCCCACUCCCACUCGCUCCUCUCUGGGAACUGUUCUUCGCACGCGCUCCCAAGAAUUUGUACAACGUAUAUGUGCAUGCGGAUCCGAGUAGUGUUAAUCACACGACGACGUCGUUCCACGGUGUGUUCGCCCGCCGAGUCAUCCCGUCCAAGCCGACCCGCCGCCACACGCCCACUCUAAUUUCCGCGGCGCGUAGGCUUCUCGCCCACGCGCUGCUCCACGACGAGUCCAACUCCAUGUUUGCGCUGUUCUCCCCAUCCUGCAUCCCCAUACGCUCCUUCAGUUACACGUACAGGACUCUGAUGAAGUCGAGGAGGAGUUUCGUGGAGAUACUGAAGAACGAGCCCGGCGCGUACGAGAGAUGGGCGGCGCGUGGGGUGGAAGCGAUGGCCCCAGAGGUGGAGUAUUCAGAAUUCCGGAUCGGGUCGCAGUUUUGGGCGGUGAAGCGGAAGCAUGCUAGGAUAAUAGUGCGUGACAGAAGGGUAUGGUCAAAGUUCAAGGUGCCGUGCUUACGUGACGACACGUGUUACCCGGAGGAGCAUUACUUCGCUACGCUGCUGAGCAUGGUGGACCAGCGGGGUUGCACACCGUGCACACUGACCCACGUGGACUGGAAUGGCAGCCGUGGGGGCCACCCUAGGAUGUACAAGACAAGUGAAGUGGGCCCGGAGUUGAUACGGACACUGAGAAAGUAUAGGCCCAGAUACGGGGAUGAAGAAAGAUCGGACGGCUCAAACUCGUCUGUGAGGAGAAGGCAUGACCCGUUUUUGUUUGCGAGGAAGUUCUCGCCGGGUUCACUGCACCGUUUGAUGAGUAUAGCUAACGCCGUCAUCUUUAAAGAUUAAUCAAAGAUGAUGGAUGAUCAUAUCCUGUUCUUUUCUUUUUUUCUUUUUGUAAUAAUUUGUAUUAAUUAAUUAAUGAAUUAAUUAAUUAGAGUGUGAUUCAUUUAUAUAUAAUUAGUAAAGCAGAAAGAGUAAAAGACGGGACAAACCCGUGCUUUUGUUUCCCACCAUUACUUUUUUGUUCAUUAUUACCUUUUUCCUUUAUAUACAAAUUCAAAUUCCCCUCA